GGCUCUGUCUGGGGCACUCAGAAUGGAUCUGGCUGUUGUGUUUUAGCCCCUUCUGUAGCUAACACUACCCUAGGACAGGUUUUUGCAGUGACUCUCCUUUCCAGUUCUCUGAUUACUGUUUUGUUUAACAAACAUUUCCCCUCCUAUCCUUUCUAGAUCUAUGCAAGUCCGCUGAGCUACGUAGCACACUGGAUCUGCAGUUUCAGGGAACCUAUGCCAAUGUACUCAACUGAGCAUACAGCUAAAGCAAGAGAGAACCCCACAAAGAAGUUAGUGAUGAAAGAAAAGGCUUUGGGGUAUCCUAAGACCUUAAGAAUGCUAAGAAAAAUAACAGGGCUUUUCUGUCCCAAUGACUUGCAGCUGUUCAGACAGUGAACUCGUGUCUCACCCUCAUGUCCACCAACUCAGCUCUUGUUUAUUCUGGAUAUUCAUCAAUGGAGUCAUUUUCUCAAACAUGGCAUAAGUUUUUCAAAAAAACAAACAUACUCCUCCAAUGAAACUAACAAAAAAGGUAGGCGGGGACUCGACUGAGUGAAAUCAGCUCAGGGGAAACGACACAGCCCAUAUUUAACUGAACUUGCAAAGAGACCGAGACAGAGAGAGACUAGAGGCAGCUGUGAAGAGACCAUGGCAGGGUUUCAUGUCCAUAGUGUCCUGGUGACAAGAUCCAAUCGGGGAAUUGGCCUGGAGCUGAUCAAGCAUUUUAUUGGGAAACCGAACCCACCAGAAGUGAUCUUUGCCACCUGCCGGGACCCAGAGGGAGUGCGAGCGCAGGAACUAAAAAAAUUGGCUUCCAAGCACCCAAACAUUGUGAUUCUGCAGCUAGAAGCUACAGACUCAGCGAGCAUCGAGAGCGCUGCAAAGAAAGCUGAGGCCCAUCUGGGAGGAACUGGCCUAAAUUUGCUGAUAAAUAAUGCUGGCGUUAUGCCACCAAGCACACUUGAGUCAGCCACUCCUGAAGAUAUGUUAAGCGUCUAUAACACAAAUGUUAUUGGGCCACUGUUAGUGACCCAGGCGUUCCUGCCCUUGCUGAAGAAGGCUGCCCAGGGAAGCAACCAGAAAGGGAUGAGCUGCAGCAAGGCAGCCAUUGUCAACAUCUCCACUGUUCUGGGAUCCAUUGAGAAAACUCCUGAAACAUUCUCCUUCAUGCCAGUAGUCUCCUACCGCUGCAGCAAGGGACCAUCCUCAAGCAGUUAUAAUCCACCAUACUGGCCAGACUUCUUCUGAAGCGAGAUGGAUGUGGAACUACAAAGACGUUGGAAUCUUCAUACUCUCCCUGGGAAGUUCGCUGCCCUCACAAGUUCCACCACACUUGGCUCCAACGAUGCUAAGUCUCUUGAUCUUACAAUCUCCUAUUGCCUCCACCCCACAGCUUGUAAAUGCCCAUGUGCAUUGAGCUCCCAACAGGCAUGUUCUCACCAUGCGUCCAGUGGCCAUCUUGAUGGAAUUUCUUCCUGCAUGUGCAUUCUGCUGCUCUCUCCAACACCCCAAGCUUUGUUUUAAGACCAAUAUUUUUCAGCCACCCUAUUGCUCACCUGAAGGGUUCCAAGGUGCUGAGCAAACCCUCCAAAUGAUUACUCCUGGGGGAAUCCUGCACCAAAAAAAUAAAAAGUCUAUGCCAAACAUUUAAAAAUUCUGCGCAAAAUAUUUUACAAUUUUGCAAAAUUCUGCAUUUUAUUUGUCAAAAUAACACAAUAUAAUCACUCCAGUUUCAAUUAUUUUUGUAAUUUAUUUCAAAAUACUUGUCAACAAGUAUGUCAACAAUAUAGACAACAGCAAUAAAGAUUCCCCCAGGAGCAGAGAGUUAAAGAAACCCCUAUGUCAACCCAGUUCCAGUUGGGGGGUGAUGGAGGAGGCUGUGUGGGGCCCCCAGAGCCCAGACACUUGCACUCACUUCCCCCCAGAGCCCAGCUGUGGGGAACCCCACAGCCCAGACACCUCCAUCCUGCUAGAGCCCAGCUGUGGGGCAUCCCCCGCCCCAGACACCAGGCCCCCCAAAGCCUUUACCCCCCCACAGCUUUUUUACUGUCCGCCAGGGGACGUGGUGUGGUGCAGCCCUGACCUUCCUUGCCCUUUUCUAGAGCUGGCUGGAUCUCCCAGGCCCUCUCCUGUCCUCAGGAGAAUGAGUAUCAAGCAGAGCAUGCAGCCUCCAGCCCAGCCAGGCUGGGCACUCCAGCUCCUCUCACUGUGAGCUGGACUCUGCUGCAGAGUCCAGUGGCCCCUAGUGGUGACCAGCAGCUCUGCAGCCCCAAUUUUGCGAGGGAAACAGGGAAUUCUGCGAAAUUCUGCAUCACGCAUUUCUAUGGUGGGCAAAAGGAGACCUGAGUGCACACAGUGAAUGUGUAAAGUGGGUCUUGCUCCUGAGGAGCCGCCGUUGAAAUGCAGGGGUAUAAAGUCAGCUGAUAGGGGCUCUCCUCACAUCCCUUCCACCAGUGUACUAGGGGUGGGUUUUAUCCAUUAAAGUCAAUGUGGGCUGUGUGACUAAGCCCCAGCAGACUAACGGGCUCUGUUCAUCCCAGCCAGGACAGCACGGCAAUAGUGGCUUGGCAGAUUGUGGCCCCCCUGUGUCCGCUGCAUCAGGGACCAGGCAAGUGUCAGAAUCGCCGGCCCCAGCGCGAUAACAGAGGGUGCCAGCUCUAAACCGUCCGGCCAUUAAGCUGCCCCACAGCAAACAAAUGGUUAUUGCAGCUCCCCUCUAAUGGGUGGUUUGUGCAAUUCAAAAGAGAACUGGCUCCAGCCUCUACCCAGUAAUCCAGGAAAAUCUGGAAGGAGGCUGCCCAGGGGUGGGAGACAGGCUGGCAGCAAGCAAGGCAGACCCAGACCCAGAAAAGAAGAUUAAGAAAUAAGUAGCAGUUAAGUUUGGAGCUUAAGAGUCGAGGAGUAUGGGACACUGAAGUUGCUACUGACAGAAGUUGGAGACAAAAUGUUGUGGGAAAGUGAGAGCUAGCAAGGACAUGGCCCAGGUUAUCCUCCACAUGUCCCACUAAAAUAAAUCCAACCCACAGGUCACUUGGGCAGAAGUAUCAAUGUCAGGAUGCUACAUUGUUAGCACAGUAAAUGAAGCUGCAAAAUCAAUGAUGUUUAAAUGACCUUAGUCUAUUUUUUACAAUCCUGCAUUAAGAGGUAAUUGACACAGAUGUACACCAGGCAGGGUCGUUUGGAAGCCGAAGACUUUAUGUUUCCAUCCCACACCACUGUCAAGUUUUAGCAAAUUAGGACAAGUCAGCAAAUAAGAACAACCUCAGAUAUCAGUAAAUGCUACAGGUAGCAAAUCCCUACAUGUUUCUGGCACUACACCUGUGCAGCUCUCCUCCCUGGCUCUUCUUGGGCUCCUGCUCUCUCCUUAGCUUGGCCCCACUCUGGCCCAGGUAGUUCCAGCUGACAUGGAGGAUGGGACCCUCUGGCCUGGUGACUCCCACAUUAGACUGCUUGCCCUGUCAGUCAGGCUGACCUGGAGCUUUGGCCUCUCCCCAUUGACCCUGAGGACUGUGUAGUCUCAGGGUCCUCAUUUCCCAUUGUCCCUUCCCCCUUCUAUUGGUACUGGGAACCAGACAACCAAAAAACUCCACUAAGUUUUAGCAUAAGGGGCCAACAGUCCCCUUACACAAGCCAGCCCCGUAAGGGUCACAGAUGUCCAACAAAGCCAGCACAAGCUGGUCCCAUGUUUUAAUGGUCAGCACUCAGGACUCUGCCUCCUACAAUCUGAGUUCAAAUCUUGGUGGAACCUUGCGGAAAAGCCGUGGAGCUCAAAGUGCUUGUGACGUUGCACUCUAUAUGAUUUUAUGAAAAUAUGCUAAUAUAAUUGGAAUAUGCUUCAUGCAAAAGGUUUCUUGUAAGCAGGGCCGGCUCCAGGUUUUUUGCCGCCCCAA